AUGCUUGCAGAAGAAGAAGAAGUCCAGAAUGAGAGGGUAAGCAUCCCCCGAGCAUAUCAAUCGAAACACCUCCGACGCAAGGAGAAACGGAUCGAUCUGACAUUCCGAUAGAACCCAGCCUUCGUCCUUCGAGCCGUAAAAGACGUAGUGUUCGAAGACAGACCCAUCCCCCAACUCCGCGACCCACACCACGUCCGUGUGCACAUCGCGCAAACGGGAAUCUGCGGCUCCGACGUCCACUACUGGCAACGGGGCAGGAUUGGAGACUUCAUCCUCAAAAGCCCCAUCAUCCUCGGGCACGAGAGCUCAGGCGUCGUCGUCCAAAUCGGCAGCGAAGUGAAGAACGUCAAGCCCGGGGACCGCGUAGCUAUCGAGCCGGGAGUUCCAUGCCGGCGUUGCGAUUACUGCCGGAGCGGUGCUUACAACUUGUGUGCAGACACGGUAUUUGCUGCGACGCCGCCGUGGGAUGGGACGCUUGCGAAGUACUAUCUCGUUGCCUCGGACUAUGUGUAUCCCAUUCCGGACCACAUGUCCAUGGAAGAAGGAGCUUUGGUUGAACCGACGGCCGUUGGCGUGCAGAUCACCAAAGUCGCAGACCUCAGAGCUGGCCAGACUGUCCUGGUGCUGGGCUGUGGGCCCAUCGGGGUCAUGUGCCAGGCCAUCGCUAAGGCAUAUGGUGCAAAGAAGGUCAUCGGCGUCGACGUCGUGCAGUCAAGGCUGGAUUUCGCAAAGACAUUCGGAGCAGACGACUGCUUCUUGCCGCCCAAGCCGGAGGCGGGCAGCGAUCCGGUUGAGCAUUCGGAGAAAGUCGCGAACAUGAUCAAGGAACGAUUCGGGCUGGGGGAAGGCGCCGAUGUGGUCUUGGAGUGCACUGGCGCAGAGCCUUGCAUUCAGAUGGGUGUAUUCGCGGCGCGGAAAGGGGGGAUCUACGUCCAGGCCGGGAUGGGCAAGGAGAACGUCGUCUUUCCCAUAACUACAGCCUGCAUCCGAGCCUUGGUGAUCAAAGGGUCGAUCAGAUACACGACCGGCUGCUACCCGGCUGCUGUGGACCUGGUAGCUUCGGGCAAGAUUGAUGUGAAACGGUUGAUCACGAAUCGGUUUGACUUCGAAAAGGCCGAGGACGCCUUUGAAUUGGUCAGAGCCGCGAAGCCAGAUGUCUUCAAAGUCAUGAUAGCAGGUGUCCAGUAG